AUGCUUAAGACCGUCGUCAACACCCCGCCGGUAUCUUUUUCCUUUACCAUUUCCUCCCGACCCGUGUCAUCGCGUCGAGCCCUCCCGUCCACUGACGAUCUAGAGCCCAAGGAUGAUUGGUUCGGGCUGACUGAUCCUGUUGAACGGCGGAGGAGACAGAAUCGCAUCAAUCAAAGGGCUUAUAGAAGACGAAAGCAAGCUCAGCGACGAGUGCAAACAAGUCACUCUAGCUUGGACGAUUCCCCCUCCACAGUCCAGACAUCGCCUUCCUCAACCGCCACCUCCAUCUCGAGCACAAGCCCAACCGAUCAAAACUCGCUAAUCCCCAGCCAAAAUCGCACUCAAUGUCCUACUUCCAGUCAAGUCCGACAAUACUUCAACCAGUUCGUCCGUACAGCCUAUGAGAGCUACACCCUCGGUUCCCCAACCGCAGACCACCUCCUCACCCUCAGCAAAGUCAACGUCUUCCGGGCCUUCGCCAGCAUCAUGUCCUUACUAGGAAUGUCACACACCGAAGACUGGAUGCGCGACGACGCUCUCUCCCCCUUCGCCACCAUGCGACCGGGCUACGUCGACGAGCUGAAACUCCCGCCUAGUCUACGACCGACCCGCAUGCAGAAGACGGUCCCGCAUCACCCAUGGCUGGAUUUCUUCCCGAUCCCGAAAAUCCGAGAUAACCUGCUCACAACGGGGGAAGAUAACUUUGAUGACUGCCAACUGUGCGUUGAUAUCAUGGGGUUCUGGACUUCGUCAAUGGACGCCUGCUGUCUGCUGGUGUGGGGGGACCCCACGGAUCCGAACAACUGGGAGGUCACAGAGAGAUUUCUGCAGAAAUGGCCGUGGGUCGUCAGGGGGUGUCCUGAGUUACUGCAGUCGACGAACAACUGGCGACGCACACGGGGGGAGAAGAUGAUAUUUCGAUAUCUGUAG